AUGGAAGAUACAAACCCAGAAUUAGAACAGUUCCGCCAGCAAUGGCGCGCAGAAGUUUCGGCAAGACAGAACGAUACCCAUAAAGGCUUAAAGUCUUCAAAGGCAACACGCAGACCCCCACCUAUUACAAGCCUCUCUUCCAGCAACGUCCAGCUUCCAGCAGUGAACGAAGAGGAAGAUCAUGCGCCUCAAGUCUUUUCAGGCUAUGAUGGAUCUGCAGACAGAGAAGAGCAUGCCGAAAGCUCCAAAGCGGUUGAUCAAGAACCACAAUCUGCAUUGGAUCACUAUGAGAAAGCGGUAGAGAGAGAGAACCAAGGAAGUCUUGGAGACAGUUUGAACCUCUACCGCAAAGCAUUUCGAAUGGACCACCAGGUCGAUCGAAAAUAUAGAAACAAGCAUUUCCCACCUUCCUCCUUUGUCUCGAAACCCAUCAACCCGAACCCUUCGAACGCACCUGUCACAGUACCAAAUCCCGCACACCACUCCCUAGACGGGCCCCCACAAUCUAUCAAACAACUUAUUGCUGGUUUUGCGAGUCUCUCGAUUGAGUCCGCGCCACCAGCUAUUGAGGGCACUCCAGCUCCACCAUGUCCACUCGUGGACUUACCAGAGGAGAUACUGGUUCAUGUCCUGAAGGAAGUGGCCAUCCUCGAUGUUGCUUCUUUUGUUCGACUUGCUCAAGUGUGCAAGAGACUAGCAUAUUUGGUAGCAACGGAGGAGCAAAUUUGGAAGAGAGUCUGCCUUGGGUCCGAAGUUGGGUUUGGAGCUAUGCAUUAUCAGUGGCAACGAGAAGUUCUUGGCGGACCUCUGAAGGAAGAUAUUCCUGAUCUAGGGGAUGGCGAGGAUGAUGCCCACGAGCCUCUCCCCAAGGAAGCUAUCACCGAAGCACUUAUCGUCAGUGCUUACUCGUCUUCCUGGCAUACGAUGUUUCGCCUUCGACCCCGAAUUCGCUUCAAUGGCUUCUAUAUCAGCACUGUCAACUACAUCAGACCUGGACAAGCUUCGGCAUCACAAGUCACUUGGAAUAGCCCUGUCCACAUUGUGACUUACUAUCGCUACUUACGCUUUUUCCGAGACGGAACGGUGAUCAGUCUCUUGACGACUGACGAACCUGCAGACGUGGUUCACCACCUGACAAAAGAGCUCCAAGAGCUUCAUCGUGGUGGGCUCGCACCGCAUCUCCCGUCCAUAACCAUGCAGAACGCGUUGCGAGGACGUUGGCGGCUAUCGCAUCCCGACGAUAACCCGGAUGCAGAUCUCAAGGAUGCUGAAGGAGAUCUUUUUGUCGAGACAGAGGGGGCCAAUGCCAAGUACUUGUAUCGGAUGAAGCUCUCUCUACGUAGUGUUGGCAAGGGUGCAAAGAACAACAAACUGGUUUGGCAAGGAUUCUGGAACUAUAAUAUGCUAACAGACGAUACUGGCGAGUUCACCUUGAGAAACGACAAGGCAUUUUUCUGGAGCCGAGUGAAAAGCUAUGGCAAUGGUGCAUGA